CAAAAAUUUCGCUCAGUUCAGGUUGCUGUGCUUUGUGUCGUCCGUACUUCUCUUCGACAUUCUCGCUUCCAUUUCCUCUUUCAGUGGAUAUGCAAACCAUCAAGUGUGUUGUUGUGGGAGAUGGUGCAGUUGGCAAGACCUGCCUUUUGAUUUCAUACACGACCAACAAGUUUCCGUCAGAAUACGUUCCAACGGUGUUUGAUAACUAUGCUGUAACCGUGAUGAUUGGUGAUGAACCUUAUACAUUGGGAUUGUUUGAUACGGCAGGUCAAGAGGAUUAUGACCGAUUGCGUCCCUUAUCGUACCCUCAGACCGAUGUUUUCCUUGUCUGCUUUUCCGUGACAUCGCCUGCCUCAUUUGAAAACGUGAAGGAAAAGUGGUUCCCUGAAGUUCACCAUCACUGUCCCGGCGUUCCUUGUUUGAUUGUAGGAACCCAAGUGGAUUUGCGCGAUGACACGGGAGUAAUAGAAAAACUGGCAAGAUAUAAACAGCGACCGAUCAGUUUUGACGCCGGUGAACGGCUAGCGAGAGAAUUGGGUGCUGUGAAAUACGUUGAAUGCUCGGCACUCACUCAAAAGGGACUGAAAAAUGUGUUUGACGAAGCCAUCGUGGCAGCGCUGGAACCUCCCAUGAAAAAGAAGUCGAAAAAAUGCUCCAUACUGUAAACCGGAUACGCAUAAGCAACACCAGGAGCCGAUCCAUCUUUUCUUCAGCGACAUGUCAUUUGUAAUUUUAGCCAACCUCGAAGUCCUUGUUUUUCACUUGCGCAUCCCAAUUUUUGGUUAGACUCUGUCAAAAAGGCCUGGGUGGUCUGUUGUUUCCCCUUGAAUCAUGAUGUCUUUGUCAUAAUAAACAUACAGUCCAUGAUAAAC